CCUCCUCUGCCGCCGCCGCGUUCCUGUCGCCGUUCAAACCUCGAAGGCGGUUUAACGGAUCAACAGGCCCCGCCCAGAAUAAAUGAAAGCGAGCCGGCGAAGGGCGCGCGAGGGUCACGUGACUAAUUUAUUCCUGAGGUUCCCGUCGGCGCCCCGCGCGCGUUUUGGCUAAUUUCUUCUUCUUCUUCUUCUUUCCUAUUAUUCUCUGCCGCCUUUGCGGCCUUUUAAGGAAAGCGCCGGGGAGCGCGAGGGCGUAUUUAAUCGAGGUAGGAAGAGAGGUGCAACCACAUUUCUUCAGCAUCCUCAAUUCUUUCUUCAUAAGUAUCACUAGACUGCAGCAGCCAUGUCUGAUGGAAGGAAACGCCUUUCUGGAGCAGCAAAAAGGAAGAGGGAGUUAAGGGCAGCUUACUCACCCAACCCAAAGCAAGCUCUCCUGAAUUUUGAAGCAGUAGAUACUCCAGGUGAAUCUUCCGCAGAGGAUGGUGGGUGUGCAGGUGCUGGCUGUGAGGAAGUGACUUUUCUCCUAGAUGGUCAGGCUACAAAUGAGCCAAUAACCACUGUGUCCACAUCUCAAACAGAUGUUAAAGUUCACAUAUCUGAAGAAGAUUACAAAACAGACCUGACUGUAGUGAAUCAGCUGGUUGCUGAGUUCAAUCCAUCCAUCUUAGAUGAUCCAGGACUGUGGAUGGAUGUGAACAGUGAUAUGAGAGACUUCCUUGUACUGAAUGGUCCACGGCAAGUAAAAGUAUUCAGUUUCCCAAAAGAUUCUGUAAAGAGAAGCUUCCAUCGCAUGUAUUACUGGCGUGAUCUACCGAAUGGGGACAAGUUAGAGAGACCAUGGCUUAUGUAUUCAAAGACCCAGAACGCUGCUUACUGUUUUUGCUGCAAAUUGUUUCAGCCCAAUACUCUGUUUGCAUUGUGUUCUAAUGGAACAAAGGACUGGAGAAACCUGGCUAGAAAUUUAGCAAGUCAUGAGAAGACUCCUUAUCACCAGAGAGCAUUUUGUAGCUGGAAGGAGCUUGAGGUACGGCUAAAAUUAAAGGUAAACAUAGAUGAUAAAGAUCAAGAGAAGAUUGCAUCUGAGACCCAUCACUGGCAAAACGUUAUGAAGAGGCUCGUUGGCAUUGUGCAAGUGCUUGCUUCUCAGAAUCUGUCAUUAUAUGGAACUUCAGAUCAGCUCUUUGUUCCAGAUAAUGGUAACUUCCUUAAAAUUGUGGAGUUGAUGGGAGAGUUUGAUUCUGUACUUAAAGAGCAUUUAAGAAGAGUAACUACCAAAGAAAUUCACAGUCACUAUCUGGGGAAAACAACUCAAGAUGAGAUCAUCCAGUUACUGGCAACAGAAGUCAAACAAAAGAUUUUGUCACUUCUGAGGUCUGCAAAAUAUUACUCUAUCAUUCUGGACUGCACAGUUGGCAACAAUCAUAUUGAACAAGUGGUUUUAAUGGUGCGUUUUGUAACUGCAAUAGAAGCAAGUGCUAAUGUUCCUGCAGUAGUGAAUGUCAGAGAACAUUUCUUGGAGUUUAUUGAUGUAGAUGAUACUAAAGGAUCUAGUAUGGCAAAAGUGCUCCUUAAAAGGCUGGAAGAAAUGGGAAUUGCAAUAGUGGAUAUGCGUGGACAGAGUUAUGAUAAUGAGGCCAACAUGAAAGGGAAGAACAGUGGGGUACAGACUUUGCUACAGGAGUUAAAUCCCCGUGUCUUUUUUGUCCCAUGCAGUUCCCAUUCAUUAAAAUUAAUAGUCUCUGAUGCUGCAUCUAAUUUUAGUGAAGCUGUUGAAUUUUUUAAUAUAGUCCAAAGUAUCUAUGUUUUUUUCUCUGCAUCAGCUCAUCGAUGGGAAGUUCUUAAGCAGUAUCUGGGAACUUUCACUCUUACUCCAAAAUCUGUGAGUGCUUCAAGGUGGGAAAGUUGCGUUGAGGCAGUAGAGGUUAUUAGACAGCAGAGUGGGGAAAUAUGUGAUGCUAUAAAUGCAGUUAUAGAGGAUAGUGCUUUGACAAGAGCUGCUCAUAGCAAAACACAGAUUGAGGGGGAGAGAGUAGCACGUAAUAUAUGCAACUUCAAAUUUCUGUGUGGUCUAGUUUUGUGGCAUGACAUACUGUUAGAAAUAAAUAUUGUAAGUGAGAAACUGCAAGAGGCUGAUCUAGAUAUUACUGGAGUAGUGAAACAACUCGACAAAACAAAGUCAUACCUCCAGUGUUACUGGUCAGAUGAGGGAUUUGAAAAUGUUUUGAAAAGUGCACAGAAAUUAGCAGAAGAGUUUGAUAUUGAUGCUGAUUUUCCACCUGUACAAGAAGUUAGAUCUCGCCAUAUCACAAAUUUUCAUUAUGAAGCAAGGGAUCUGAUAACAGACCCCAAACAACACUUCAGAGUUAAGUUUUUUAACCAGGUCUUAGCCUGUGCUAUCCAGUCAGUUGAAGAAUGUUUCUUGCAACUCAGGGAACACAGUAUUAUAUUUGGGAUGCUUUAUGAUAUAAAGAAUCUCAAUGAAAUUGCAGCUGAAGACAUCCGGCGGCAGUGUGGGGCUCUAGAAAAAGUGCUAACCCAUGGCAAAUUACGUGACAUUGAUGGAAACGAUUUACAUGAUGAAUUGAAAGCACUCUCAAAAUAUGUUCCUGUGGGCUCAACUCCAAAGGGCGUUUUGGAAUAUAUCUGUGCAAAAAAAAUGAUCACCUUAUUUCCAAAUACUUUUAUUGCUCUACGCAUACUUCUGACACUUCCUUUAACAAUUGCCAAUGCAGGUCCUGGGUCCUCCAAGCUGAAGUUGAUAAAAACACACUUGCACUCCACAAUGGUGCAGGAUAGAAUAGAGGGACUUGCAACUGUAGCUAUUGAACAAGAACUAGCUCAAACCAUUGACCUUAAAGAAGCAGUUCAUGUCUUUGCAUCUAAGAAGGCACAGAGAUCACCACUUUGCUGAUUCCACUCCUUUUCCAGGAGAAAGGUGGGAUAUUAAAUAAAUUAAUAAAUUCUUCAUAUGGGGGAAAAAUAAAGAAGCAGUUCAUAUGCUUGCAACAGAGGACUGCCAUUUUGAUAUUUUGAAUGUGAACAAAUAAUUUCUUAUCUAUGCUGACUAGAGAUGUUUACUCUUUGAAAGCUUUCAAAUUAGUUGAUGGCUUCGAAGACCCAGACUGACUCACAGCACUUUUCUCUUGGUGAGUGCAGAGCACAGUCAUGAAACAUGUGGACUCUUUGGAAAACCUGCAACAGCCAUAACCUUUCUUGUAUUGUACUCUCCUUUUCCUAAAGCAUUUCGAGCUCACUUCCCUCAUUCGGGACCAGUCCUGCCUGCAUCUGUCCUCUGAAACCAAAGGCAGCUCAGAUAAUUUUGUUUCUGGUUCCUGACCUCAAAAGCUAUUGUUGCAGUAUUGGUUUGCUAAAUAUAUAAAAAACAAAAGAACAAUCACGAUUCCUUCAUGACUCUGCAAUAGAGGUAACGUGAAUACUUGGAUCAUGUGCCUUCCUGAAUUCAGAAAUAUUCAGAAAUGAGACCUUAUAACAGUUUUGUUUGCAACCAUGAGAGUGCUGCUUGGAGUCUGAGGGUGACAAGAAAAGAGACAACAUCUACUGUUUCCACUACUCACUGUGGCUUUAUGCUGUUUUCAAAGCUGGAUUCUUUUUCAGGAUACUUCCAGGAUUUCCUCCAUAUUUUCUAGGAUGAAAUUUUUUUCAACAUCUUUUUCCUACGCCUUCUUGGGAAUGUUGACCUGCUUUGCACCCUUUCUGUUUUAUGACAGUCGUUGUCAAUUUCUUUUUGUUCUUCAGUAAAAAUCUGUAGGUGGUAAAGGAGACUUUCCAUCUCACUAGUGAUGUUUAUAUGCUCCAUUCCACAAAUGAAAAGUCUUAUUUUUACACCUCCUUUGUUAUACUUAGGCCCACACAACUGUAUGCCUGAUCUUUAAAAUGAUUGAAAACCAGUUUUUCAGCACUGAGCCUGUUUCUGUUUUCCCUUUUCUCAGCAAAUUGUGUGUUUAUAUAUUCAGGGGUAACCAUGUUGGCCAUGCAGAAAAAUACAGCAAAAUCCACAAAAAAGUGAUACCUUUAUUAGCCAACCAAAAUGCAGAAAAUACAUCAUGCAAGCCUUUGAAGCCACUCUGGCUUCUUCAUCACUCUUUUGUGUUUGUUUAUGCAGAAUAUGACAAGAUUCAAGGUAUGCAAGAGAUGUGCAUCCUUUAAUUACUGUUUGUUCAUGUUUCCAUAUCCUAGCAUUUGACUGUUUUAUCUUGGUGAAAGUAAUCUGAAAGGGAUGGUUGGAAAAAAUAAAUUCAUGUUUUUGAA